AUGAGGCUCCUCUCCUCCCUCCUCGCCGCGGCGUUUGCCCUGGCCCACCUCGUCUCCUCCAGCGGUCUCGAGAUCGAGUACCAGACGCCGGACAUUGAAUGUACGAGAAAGACGCACAAGGGGGACAAGAUCGACGUGCACUACCGGGGCACGUUGCAGAGCACGGGCAAGGAGUUUGACUCGUCGUACUCGCGAGGGUCGCCGUUGAGCUUUGAGCUGGGCGCGGGGAGGGUUAUCAAGGGAUGGGACGAGGGCCUACUCGACAUGUGCAUCGGGGAGAAGAGGAAGCUGACCAUCCCACCCGAGAUGGGAUAUGGCGAGAGGAGUGUCGGACCAAUUCCGGGUGGUAGCGUGCUGGUCUUUGAGACCGAACUGAUGGGUAUCAAAGGCGUCAAGAAGGACGAGUUGUGA